GCGACUGGUUGAGGACCAGAAACUUAAGUUAUUUGCCCGAUAAUAUAGCACCAGUUAUUCGAAAUGCUUCAGAGCAGUUAACGGGUCGGUGUGAAAAAUUGACAAAUACUAAAAGAAUACAGUGGUUAAUUGGAAAAAAUUUACACCAGCAGUGAAUGUAUACAUAUUACAUAAACACAUUGGGACUUAUUGGAGCUUUAAAAUUUGUAUUAAUUGUGAAAGAGGACUUAAUGAGUGUUUGUGUUUAGUGAAGUUUUUUAUGCGGGGGAGGACUACAAGUGCAUGCAAUUUCACAAAUGGCCCAGCAUAUAUUAGCAAUGAUGGAUACAAAUCUACGAUAUAAGGAAGAUAUCCGAGAGGAAAAUAUAUCAGUUACGUUAGAUGAACGAGAUUUAUGGGUCAGAUUCAAAAAUUUAAUCAAUGAGAUGAUCGUCACGAAAAGUGGCAGGAGAAUGUUUCCAGUAAUAAAAGUGAUUGCAGCAGGGCUGGAUCCGAAAUCAAUGUACACAGUGUUAUUGGAAUUUAAGCAGAUGGAUUCACAUAGAUGGAAAUUCGUGAACGGCGAAUGGACACCAGGAGCAAAAGCCGAAGCGCCGCCCGUAAAUCCGAUUUACGUACACCCAGAAAGUCCGAACUUUGGCUCGCAUUGGAUGAAAGAACCAAUAUCAUUCGCCAAGGUAAAGCUGACCAAUAAAAUCAAUGGCAAUGGGCAGAUCAUGUUAAAUUCCCUUCACAAAUACGAGCCGCACGUGCAUUUCGUCAAAGUGGCAACCGAUUCUAGAAGAGGGCUGACUUUUCCAUUUCCCGAGACGCAAUUUAUUGCUGUUACUGCUUACCAAAACGAAGAAGUCACGUCGUUGAAAAUCAAAUACAAUCCAUUCGCUAAGGCAUUUUUGGACGCCAAGGAGCGACCUGAUGUUGCAUAUCAUCAGAGAAACGAAAACUUUUCGACUCCGUAUAAUCAGUCGAACCACCCAGCCCAAUAUUCUCAGUACGGGUCCUGGUUUAUUCCGCACCAGUCCAUCUACUCUUCACAGGGCCAAUUUGAACCCUACCACCAGCGUCGAAACUGUGGGAAACUGAUUAGGCAGAAAUCUGCGCCUUAUUUGCUGAAUAGGGAUAAAAAUUCUCCUUCAGAAUCACCACCACCAACUGGUUACAAUCCCCCGGAACACAUCUACCAGCAGCAAAUCUACAACUCAGCCAACACGCCGUACCCGAGCUGGUCAUCUAUGCCUUCCAUGCAGGCGGCGCCCGUGGCGCCCGCGGCGUCUCUUAUUUCGCCCAUCAACUGUUGGUCAAACUCCUCAACGUCGCCGCCCAUCACAAAUCAAUGCACCACUCCAAACCAGUCGCCCAGUCCCCAAAUGUACCAGUCAUCUCCUACCUACCCACCUAAUGUGCCUCCACCCCUACCCAGCGUGCAUUGCGCAAGCUACUACUCCUCGGAUAUCACAAGCUACCAACAUCCUGAGUACUUGAUGAAUGCAGACCUGACAUACACUCAGCUGGGAGGUACCGACAGGAGCAGUUCAGUCAUUUACAAGCCCGAGCAUGAGCAAAGCUUGGGGAGUGGCAGCCAGAUCGUUGGGAUCAAGUCUGAGUGCCCAGGACGAGCGGAUGAUGCAAGCGAGUCUGCCCAGGUCGCAUCAAGAGAGUGGAUGCAAGAGAGGAGUAGUUUACAUAAAUAAGUGUUUUGUCCGAUUAUAUGGGUUGCCUAUGGACAUCCAUGGACACGACGGAUUACGACUUUAUAUCGUUAUUUGUCGUUGUGUUAUAAUAAAUUUUAAUUGUAUGUAUAAAGAUCGCAGAAGAAGUAAAGUCGUAAUCUGAACUAAGAAAGUGCAUUUCUGUAAAACUGAUUUACUUUUGUAAGAGAGACGGACUCGUUGAAGUGGACCCUUCAAUCGCAAUUUUCAAUAUCCAUUGUCAGUGCAGUAUUAGUGCAAAACUCAAAAGUGAGAUUAUUUAAUAGCAAUUAAUUAAACAUGGUUACCAAACAUAGCACUUUAGUGAUUGAAACCGUUAUGUGAUCGACAAUAUAUUACCGAAACAGAGAAGGACAACGUAUAAAGCGAUGUUUAACUGCAAAAUUAAAAAAUAAUUUACCAGCAAUGGCAUAAAGAAUAAUCUUUGGUAUCAGAGAGAAACGUGAUCAUUAAUUAAGUGUUAUGUUUGCACAGAAAGGCACACAUACCAUGAGAAAUAGGUAUAUUUUGAAAAUGAUCUGAAGUUUGUAUGUAUGAGAACCUGUACAGAGUGUCUCGCUGAUAAGAAAAUACUGUCCUUUAUUAAUCUAUUUUUAUGUUUGAAUGUUGAACGGCCAGACUUUUUAAUUGUUAGGUGGUGCGAUGUUCUCUCUUCUAAAACUCACAGAGUCACUAAUCUUGAAGAAAAUGGAUUCGCAGAAUUGGUUUUCUGAUAACUGUGGCUGUUGGUUUAGAAGUUAGUUUAGUCUAAAGCUUAACGUCAUUUAUCAAUGCGAUGUAAUUGGUUAUGUUAACCACAUCAUCGGUAGAAUAAAAAAUUUUCUCUCCUAAGAGUUGCAGCAGAAAACGAAAAAGUUGUCAAUUUCAAAAUAAGUCUAUAUUUUCUUUAGUUUAGCGGGAUACAGAAACAAGUUUUCAUGCAAAGUUUUUUGAGGGCAGGUCAGGUAAAAAACUUCUUGGACCUUAAAUCAUUUGGUAAGGAAACACUGAGGAUUUUACUCCGAAAAGAAAGCAUUUUGAAUUAAAUUUGUCGUAAUGUGGAUGAUAGUGGUUUUUGAUUGAUGUCCUCAAAUUUGUUUUUUUUUGUAACAAAAUUAUUCAAAAUGUCUAUAGUUUUUUAAUUUACUUGUUUGCGCCAGCCAUUUCUUCCACUAUUUGUUUGUUAAAAUUUACUACGUAAGUUUUUCCAGCUGGAAUAUGAACAUAGUUAAGUUUCUAGGAUAAUAGCGUUAGCUUAAUGAUAAUAAGUGAUUUAAAGUAGCAAAGUUGAAAUAAAUUACAUUUACAAAAAUGA